AUGGAUGAUCAAGAAAACCCUCUGGGAUUUCCAGCAAACGCGUUGCAGACGCCUGAUCUGAAUUUGUGGCACCAUUUCAUCUGCUGCAAUCUGAUGCCAACAUCCUACACCGCUAAGGUCACCUAUGAGAUGGCUCUGCUGCUAUAUGCCAUUGUUACGGAGACACCAUUUGAUGCAGCCUCAGUCAUCAGAGAUCAACUCACCAGAUGCAUCACUGAUCCAAAGUGUCACCUGCCUGAGUGGGAAUCCUCACUCAGGGGGGUAAGUCAGUCUUCAGUCAUUUUGACAAUGUUGUUUUCCCCUGUUUCUUAUGUACAAUUCUAUGAGUAUACGGUGAACAAAAGUAAAGUUCAGUAUGCCAGGAUUCUGGUUGAAAUGAAGAUAACUGAUACUGUUCCUGACAGAAUUGUAUUUGAGGAUGAAUACGGGAACAUUCAAGUUCAUAGAGUAGUGUUUGAAUGGAUGCCGACGCAAUGUAAGAAAUGUCAAAAUUAUGGGCAUGUGACGGAAAGGUGUCAAAUUAAGAGUCAGAAUGAGGUACCUAAAGUGGUUACUCCUAGCUCUGAGUGGAGAAAGAUUGUAAAGGGAAAGGAGGUUAGGGGAGAGACUGUUGAUGGUGGGAUCACAAAGGGUGGAGAUACUAUGGGUAGCUCAAUCCUGAUAGGUCAGAAUGAUAAGGAGGUGAGUAAGAAGCAGGGUACUGUAAUAAGUAGGGAGAAGGGUGUUGUUUCAGUACAAGGAAGUAGAGGGAACAAUGAUGUCAUAGUUACAAAGGUUGUGGUUGCCAGGAGAUCUCCUAUAGUGUCUCCUAAUGAAACUGCUAAGGAAACAAAUGUCGUUGCUACCUCUAGCAUUGGAAUUAGGGAAGAGGAGAGCAUACUGAUAGACCCUGGACCUGAUUUCAAUGUGGCUGGUGGAAACGAAAUUAAAUCAGAACCAUGGAGAGAAAUAUGUAAAGUAGUUCUGGCAAGAGUACUGGUGAAUGGGGACUGGGUAGAUUUAUAUGCUGAUUCUGUUGCCUCUGUUCCGGUGGGGAGUAUUUCUGAUCAUUCUCCCCUUGUUCUGCAAUUAGAGGGUGAGAAGCAGCGACAGAAGAAAUGUCCCUUUCGGUUCUUGAACAUGUGGAGCCAAUCUUUUCAGUUUUUAGAUACUGUUAAGGGGAUCUGGGAUAAGAAGGUUGAUGCAGUUAAAAUGUUUCAAGUUUGUAUGAAAUUACGAAUGCUGAAAAAACCGUUGAGAAAGUUGAACAGAACCCAAUUCAAUGAUAUAGUUGAAGUAGCACAGAAAAAGCAACUGGAACUGGGAGAGAUUCAGAAUGUUUUGGCAAGUGAUCCUUGUAAUGUGAUUAUCCAGGAAGAAGAAAGGAAGUUGCUGAAGUUGCGUGACCUGUUUAGUGCGGCAGUUGAGGGGACAAAGUGGAAAUUGCAGAAGAGUGUCUUGUAUUCAGUAUCCUCGGGUUCUCAGUGGCUGAUUGGAGGUGGGGAAAAGGAUGUGAAUGCAAGAACAACAACUGAAACUUAUGAUCAUCUGGCUUUUCAUUGCCAAUACUCUAGAACACUGUUGGAUCUACUGAGGGGUUGGCUUAAGUACAGGAGAAUUGCAGCACAGAUUCAGUUUUAUCCCCUCAAAGAGGGGUAUGGUGGGUUCUCUAGAUGCCAUGGCCGUUUGAGUUCCUUCGUGACAUUUGUGAGCAUAAAUUGCACAUUGGCUCACUCCAUGAGGCUAGUAAUAAGGACCGGAAAGAACCAGGACUUCCUCCUGGGGUUGGAAGCGCAGGAGCCUAUCUGCUCCCUGAUCACUGCAGCCGCAUCGACCGGUGUGUUGGUGAGUAUUGCAAAGAGGAAUAGUGCUGCUUCAUAG